GAAGAAGAAAAAGUAGCGCUUUUCCAGUUAAAAUCAACUUCAAAUUCGUGAUUUAAUAUUUAUUGUUCUGUCUAAAAUAAAAGUCUCACAGGUUUUUGAGUGCGUAAAUGUAUCUAGGGGUGUAAAUCUCUCACGGUUGUUUGCUUGCUAAAGUUAGUUACCGUAAUACAGACUGAAUGUUUUAAGUGAUUUAAUAAAUUAAAGGUGUCUCAAACGAUGUUCAUUAAUAAGUGUCCUCGUCCAUCGUUUCUGAUUAAUUGUUUCCUGCACGGAAAUGCCAUCAGUAAACAAACUGUGCGACAUGUGCGGUAUUUUGUGGACGCAGGAAAGCGGUUCAGGAGCUCCACGAGCACUUCUCAAGAGCACCGUACCCCAGGUCAGACCGUGGUCACUGAAAAGCGAGGUCCAGUGCUUACUGUGGGGAUUAAUAGGCCAGAGGCGCGUAAUGCUGUAAACCAGGAGACCGCCCAACGGCUAUUAGAAGAGUUCUUAGCCUUUGACCAGGAUGACACCUUGAAUGUAGCUGUGCUACAUGGAAUAGGAGGGAAUUUUUGUGCUGGUUAUGAUCUUAAACAACUUUCCCAGGAUGCGGAUGCCAUUGCACUGGAGCCAAAUGUUACCCAAGGUCCUGCUCCAAUGGGUCCCUCCCGCCUAAAGCUGUCAAAGCCACUGAUUGCAGCAGUGAGUGGUUAUGCUGUGGCAGGGGGGAUGGAAUUGUCCCUGAUAGCUGAUCUCAGGGUUGUGGAAACCAGUGCCAUUAUGGGGGUUUUCUGCCGCAGAUUUGGUGUGCCUCUGAUUGAUGGUGGGACGGUGCGGCUGCCACAAUUAAUUGGUUUGUCUCGAGCUCUGGACCUUAUUUUGACUGGAAGACCUGUAGGAUCUCAGGAGGCACUGGCAUUUGGACUAGCAAACAGAGUGGUGCCAGAUGGACAAGGCUUACAGGUAGCUGUGGAGCUUGCUGAGCAGAUAAGCUCCUUUCCCCAGCUCUGUCUUCGUGCUGACCGCAACUCUGCCUAUCAUGCGACUUUUGACUCCACCUCAUUCACACAGGCCAUGCAGUAUGAGACUGACAAUGGUCUGCCAGUAAUCAACGUUGAAGCUGUUCCUGGGGCAACCAGGUUUAGCUCUGGCAUUGGAAGAGGUGGAAAGUUCUUUUGAAAGACAUGAUGAAUGUGCUUUUACCCACAAAUAACCACAUACUAGUAAUUAUUUUGUGUAUGUAUCACUUAAGAGAAAGGGCAUAUGGUAUUUUGACAACGGUUAAAAAUGAACAAUAUAGUAUUUCUUUGGAGAGCCAACAUUUAUCAUCACUACAAAGAUAAUAGAAAAAAGAAUUGUUGAAAAAAAAAAUCCUAAAAACUAGAAAGUGAAGUUUAAAUUGGGAAGUCCAGGAUGUACUGUAUUUUGGUAGACCGUUCAUAUUAUAGUUAUUGCUGUGAUUUCAGUAUUAGUAAAUCACAUUACUGAAAAAGUUGAAAUUGUGUUGACAUUUUGCAUUGAUUUUUGUUGAUGUCCCAAUAUAUUUGCUAAGGAUUAUGUAGGAGGGGCAAUCUGUGGCACAUUAAAAUAAAUAAUUAUACAAAAA